AUGUUUAGUUUGAAUACCAGUAGUAAGGGACAUUAUCCGCACUAUUUCAACACAGCUGAAAAUUUCAAUUAUGUCGGACCUAUUCCCAAUAUCGAAUAUUAUGAUCCAGAUUCCAUGAAACCAAAAGAUAAACAAAAAUUUAUUGAAUGGUACAAUGAAGAAUCAGCAAAUAAUAUUUUAUUUGAUAACAAGAGAGAAUUGAUUGCAUAUUGUGUCCAAGAUGUCACCAUAUUACGAUUAGCAUGUUUGAAGUUUCGUUCAAUGAUGAUUCCUCUCACUCAUGUUGAUCCAUUCAAUCAAGUUACUGUAGCUUCCACAUGUAUGAAGGUUUAUAAAACCAACUUUUUAGAAGAAAAUAUGAUACCUAUAUUGCCACGCCAUGGAUACAGGUUACGCGAUAAUCAAUCAUUCAAAGCAAUUAAUUGGUUAGAGUGGGAAGCACAUAACCGAAAUAUCAAUAUUAUAUCCGCAUCAAAUGGUCGCGAAGUUCGAAUUAACGAGCAUAUAGUUGUUGACGGAUAUCACGAACCCACACGUACAGUAUUUUCGUUUCACGGCUGCUGGUGGCAUAUGUGUAAAAAAUGUUAUCCAUUUCAACACCAUACAUUACCAGGAGAAAAGAAAAUGCCUGCUAGUGUACUAUACGAUAACACAAUGCUAAGAGCAGAAAAGAUCAGGAGCUUAGGAUAUAAUCUGAUAGAAAUUUGGGAACACGAAUUUGAUCAAUUGGUACGUGAUAUGCCUGUAAUUACAGAAUAUCUUUCUACUCUCCCGCAUUUAAAAUCUGAGCCACUUGUACCACGUGACGCAUUUUUCGGCGGACGUACGGGUGUGUGUAGACUUUACCAUAAAUGUUCACCUGGAGAAAAAAUACAUUACUACGACGUCACUUCGUUAUAUCCUUAUAUUAACAAAUACUGUGAGUAUCCAGUGGGUAUACCCACAGUCCUUCUUGGUGAUAAAUUAAAAAAUCGUAAUGUCUUCAACAUAAACGGCUUAAUUAAGUGUCGUAUAAUACCACCGCGAAAUUUAAUUCAUCCAGUACUUCCAAUUAAAAUGGACAAUUACCUGAUGUUUGUUUUAUGUCGCGAAUGUGGUGAAAAAAGAAAUGAAAAUGAUUGUAUUCACACUGAAGAUGAAAGAUCAUUUAUAGGAACAUACGUUAGUAAUGAACUUUGUGUAGCAGUAGAAAAAGGUUAUAAAAUAGAUACGAUUUAUGAAGCUUGGAACUACAAAAUGUCAAAAUAUAACAAAAUAACGAAAUCUGGUGGACUUUUUUCGGAAUAUGUGAAUUUAUUUUUGAAAAUAAAAACAGAGGCGUCAGGUUUUCCACCGGGAGUUGAGUCUGAUGAACAAAAAAAUGAAUACAUUAAGCACUUUUUCGAUCAAGAAGGAAUUCUAUUGGAAAAAGACAAAAUUUCGUACAAUGAAGGAUUGAGGGCUUUAGCAAAAAUUAUGUUGAAUUCGUUUUGGGGAAGAUAUGGUAUGAAACCAAAUAAAAGUAAGAAAUGUUUUAUUUCACAGAGAGAUGAGUUAUUAGAGCUAAUCACAAAUCCAUCAACAGAAGUACAGUCACUUUUUCCACUAUCUGAUACUUCACUUCUCGCUUCGUAUCGCUAUCAUGAUAUAUGUGCACCCAUUCAACCAGAUGUGAAUGUAGUCAUUGCUGCAUAUACUACUGCUCAGGCAAGAAUUCAUUUAUAUCGAUAUCUAGACAAAUUGGGUGAUCGUGUCCUAUAUUAUGAUACCGAUUCGGUGAUUUAUACGCAGAAGGAGAAUGAAACAGGACUAGAGCUUGGUAAUUUACUAGGUGAGUUAACAGAUGAAUUGGCAAAGGACUAUGGUGUAGGAAGCUAUAUUACCGAAUCUGUUAUUAGUUCAGAAAAGAGUUACGCAUUACGUAUUAUAUCGCCAAAUAAUGAAGAAAAUAUAAUUUGUAAAGUUAAAGGAAUUACAUUGAACCAAAAGAAUACAGAAAUUAUUAAUUUUAAUACAUUAAAGCAAAUGGUGCUCAGAAAUCAUAAUUCACCUGAUGAUAUAGUCAAGCUAGUUGAUAGGAAAAUUUUAAGAACAAAGGAUAGUUAUGUCUUUUCUACAGAAACGGAAUAUUCGUUUAAAGUUAAUGCAAAGAAGAGAAAACGAGUCGGUAAUGAAAGAAUUCUUACUUUACCGUUUGGAUGGUAA